AUGCCACAAGAAACUUUCGACAUCGUCAUUGUCGGUGCAGGUCCGGUUGGUUUGCUUCUCUCCUUGUGCAUGUCACGAUGGGGAUAUAAAGUAAAGCACAUCGAUAACCGCCCGGUACCGACCGCUACCGGUCGUGCAGAUGGCAUUCAGCCUAGGUCGACGGAGAUCCUUCGAAACCUGGGCUUGAAGCGUGCCAUCAUGGCCUACGAGCCUGCCAAGGUGUACGAUGUGGCUUUCUGGGAUCCUAAGAGCGACGGAUCGGGCAUUGCGCGCACUGGCAGCUGGCCCAGCUGCCCUCGAUUCAUCGAUACCCGCUAUCCAUUUACCACCCUUGUGCAUCAAGGCAAGAUUGAGCGCGUGUUCUUGGACGAGAUUGAAAAGGCUGGAACGCACGUGGAACGGCCAUGGACUAUUGUCGAAUUCAAGAAUGACGGUGCCGCAGACCACCCUGUUGAAGUCAAGCUGAAGUGUCUCGACACCAAUGUCAUUGAGACCGUUCGUACGAAGUACCUCUUCAGUGGCGAGGGAGCUCGCAGCUUCGUGCGGGAACAGUUGGGCAUCAAAAUGCGUCACAAGGACCCCAUCGCUUAUGUCUGGGGCGUCAUGGAUGGUGUUGUUCGCACCAAUUUCCCGGAUAUUGAGACCAAGUGCACGAUUCACUCCGAUGCUGGUUCGAUCAUGGUCAUUCCCCGUGAGGACAACAUGGUCCGGCUCUACGUCCAAAUUGCCUCAUCUACCGACCCGGACUUCAACCCUCGCAAGACUGCGACAGCCGAGGAGGUGCAACAGACCGCCAAAAACAUCUUGAAGCCUUACUGGAUUGAGUGGGAUCGCGUCGAAUGGUACUCUGUCUAUCCUAUUGGCCAGGGAAUCGCCGAGAACUACACUCUGGACGAGCGGGUGUUCAUGGGCGGCGAUGCUUGCCACACCCAUAGCCCCAAGGCCGGCCAGGGAAUGAACACUGCCUUCCACGAUGCGCUCAACAUGGCGUGGAAGAUUCAUGCCGUCGAGAGUGGUUUGGCGGAUCGAUCCACCUUGAGCACCUAUGAGAGCGAGCGCAAGGACAUUGCCGAGACCUUGCUUGACUUUGACGCCAAGUACGCAGCCUUGUUCUCCACGCGUCGUCCGAACGCUGGCGAGAUUUCCGCCAGCAAGGCUGUUUCAACUGGCAACGAGGAGAAUGAGGAUGAGUUUGUCAAGACUUUCAAGUCUUCUUGCGAAUUCACUAGCGGAUACGGAGUGGCGUACAAGCCCAACGUCUACAACUGGGAUGCCAGCCACUCGGCGAAAUCUAGCUUGUUCAACAUCUCCGGUGUCCGACUGACCCCUGGCCGUGCCUUCACCCCGACUACAGUGACUCGUCUUGCGGAUGCCAACUUUGUCGAGCUGGAACAGGAGGUCCCCGUCAAUGGAUCUUUCCGUAUCUACGUCUUUGCCGGCAAGCAGGCUAAGACUAGCAAGGCCGUCGCUGAUCUUGCUGCUAACCUGGAAAAGGAGCGUUCCUUCCUGUCCGCUUAUCGUCGACCCGACAUUGCCAACGUGUCGUUCUUUGAGCGUCACAACCCUCACUCAAAGCUCUUCACCAUCUCUGUCAUCUACGCAGGGAACAAGAAUGAGGUCGAUGUCGAGUCUAUUCCUCAAAUAUUGCGCGACUAUCAUCAUCACUUGUACGCAGACGACAUUCCUGACGUUCGGGUCCCCCAGGCCAAGUUUGCUGCUCACGAGAAGCUUGGCUUUGAUGCCGAGAAGGGUGGUGUUGUUGUGGCUCGUCCUGACGGUCAUGUUGCGUGCACUAUUCAGUUGGUCGAGGGCUCUGGCACCGUUGAUGCUCUCAAUGAGUACUUCAACGCCUUCUCGACCAAGUCGCUUGGUUCAACGUCGCAAGGAAGCCGUCUGUAA